CCAAAACACCCCCCACUCACCCAAAACAACAACUGUGUGAUUUCAUUUCUAUCCCCACCCCACCCUUCCACUUUUUCCAAAUCUCACCACUCCUCAACCAAAAACCUUCUGAUUUCUCUCUGUGAAUCUUGACCCCCAUCACUGUACUAUUGACUCACUCUUUCUUUCUUCUUUACCACAAACCCACAUCAAAUGUGGGAUUUUUCAACUACCCAUUUGCAAAUUUUCAAUCUUUAUGCUGUUUCCAGAUCUCCUUAACAAGGGUUUUCAAAAUCUUGAAAAAUAAAUGCCAGUUUCUUCAUCUUUUUCUUUUCUUGGAACAAACCCACAAUGUGAAAUGAGUCUUUAACAAGUUUCUUCAUCUGGGUUUGCUUUUUUUUUUUUUUUUUUUUUACAUUUUUAUUAUUAACAACAACAAUGGUGGCUGCAAUCUCUGAAACUACUAACCAAACAAGACCCCCAUUGUCAGUUCAAGAUAAUGGCUUUACAAACCCUAAUAAACCCACAAGACCUAAAUCAAGACAGGUCAGUUCAAGAUACUUAUCCCCUUCACCUUCUACCUCAAAUUCAACCUCAAACUCAAACUCAAAUUCAAAUUCAAGUUCAAAUUCAUCAUCUUUACACACACCCACAACUUCUAGAAGGUUCCCAUCCCCUUUAGUGUCAAGAAACUCAACAACUCCUGUAACAAAACGGGCAGUUUCCGCUGACCGUAGGCGAUCUAGCGGCAGACCGGAUCUUAGUAUAAAACAUAACAAUGCAGGUGGUGGUGGUGAGGUGUCUGCUGCUACAAAGCUGUUGGUUACAUCUACAAGAAGUUUAUCAGUUUCUUUUCAAGGUGAGGCCUUUUCAUUACCUAUUAGUAAAAGUAAACCAACCCCAGUAUCCCCAAAUGUGAGAAAAAUGACCCCUGAAAGGAAAAGAUUAGGGACCCCCAUGAGAAGUAAGGUGGAUAGUAGUGUAGGGGAUCAUGCAGAGAAUACGAAGCCGUUGGAUCAGCAUCGGUGGCCCGGGCGUGCGCGCCAGUCGAACCAAACGAUUUUGUCGAAAAGUUUGAGUUUGGAUUGUGGGGUGGAGAAGAGUGGGAUUGUUGGAUCUGGGAAUGUGAUUAGGGCUUUGCAUCAGUCGAUGAAUUUAGAGGGUCGACGGUUGUCGGUUGAUGGCGGGCGGUUGAGUCUUGAUUUGGGUAGUUCUGUGGUUCCGGUUCAGCCGAGUGUGAGUGGGAGUUUUGGCAAUGGUUCGCCGAUGGUGCAGUCUGAUCUUACUUCGGAUACAGAUAGCGUGUCGUCGGGUAGUACGUCUGGCGUGCAAGAGAGUUUCGGGUUAUCGCGCUCGGUUAGUGGACCAAGAGGGAUGGUUGUGUCGGCUAAGUUUUGGCAGGAAACGAGUAGUCGAAUGCGUCGGUUGCAGGAGCCCGGUGCAACAUUUUCGACGAGCCCUGGUUCGAAGCUUGUGACCCCGUCGAAAAUGGCUAUUGCGAAGAAGUUUUCAACUGAGAGCCCGUUGUCUUCGCCGAGAACCAUGGCUUCUCCGAAUAGAAUGAGGCCGGCGUCACCGAGUAAGUUUAUGACGCCGCCAGGGGGGUUUUCGCCGUCUAGGGGGAUGAUUAGUCCGAGAAGGAACUCGGUUUCUGGAACGAUUAGUACUAGUUUUAAUGAAACGCCUUCGGUUCUUAGUUUUGCGGUUGAUGUUCGAAGAGGGAAAGUUGGUGAGAGUCGGAUUGUUGAUGCACAUUUGUUGAGGCUUUUUUAUAACCGGCAGUUGCAAUGGCGGUUUGUUAAUGCUAGGACUGAAGAUACCUUGCUGAAGCAGAGACAUAAUUCAGAGAAAAAUCUCUGGAACGCAUGGAUUACAAUCUCCGAUUUACGUGACUCCGUCACCAAAAAACGACACAGGUUGCAGUUGUUGAGGCAAAAGCUCAAGUUAGCCACCAUUCUCAAGGAACAAAUGGCUUUUCUGGAAGAUUGGGCUUCAUUUGAUAAAGAUCAUUCGAUAUCAUUGCUCGGAGCAAUUGAAGCUUUGAAAGCUAGCACUCUUCGUCUUCCUGUUGGCGGAGCAAUAGCUGACCUUCAAAGUAUGAGAGACGUUAUAAAUUCGGCACUCGACGUGAUGCAGGCAAUGUGUUCGUCAAUAUGCUCGCUUUGUGUAAAGGUGGAGGAAGUUAAUUCAAUGGUAACCGAGCUAGCAAAUAUGUGUGCGAAAGAACAAGCUUUGCUUCGGUUUUGUAAAGGCUUGUUGUCAAUGUUAGAUGCCCUCAAGGUAAAAGAUUGCAGCUUGAGAACCCAUAUGCUACAAACAAAGUGUGCGAAAAAAUCGCAAGUGUAGAACUGAUCUAAUUUCAAGAAACGCUAACAUUACAUCAAGUGAAGAAUGAAGUAUCCGGAGGUAAUAAAGUAGCUGACUUUUUGGCGUGUGGCUUUCGGGUUUCUGGUUUUUCUUUUGUGGAGUUUGUUUCUUUCUAAUAUUUUCUUGUAACUUCGUCUCUCGGAGAUUCUCAAGGAAAAAAUGUAGUUUGUGGCUAACUAGUCUAGGUUUUUACGGUGGAUGUAAAUAUAUAGAUGUGUAACCGCACUUAUUUUAAUUCUCGUGUAAUUGGUAAAGUUUGGAUGUUGAGCAUGAUGAGCCUUGAGCGCGUGUUGGUGUUGUAUGUUAGCUGCUAUUCAACUGA